UGGUCCUGGGCGAACCUGAACACGCUCUGCUGGGCCAUCGGGUCCAUCUCCGGGGCCAUGAGCGAGGACGAGGAGAAGCGGUUCCUCGUGACGGUCAUCAAGGACCUGCUGGGGCUCUGCGAGGUGAAGCGCGGCAAGGGCAACAAGGCGUGCAUCGCGUCGAACAUCAUGUACGUCGUCGGCCAGUACCCGCGGUUCCUCCGGGCGCACUGGAAGUUCCUCAAGACCGUCGUGAACAAGCUCUUCGAGUUCAUGCACGAGCUCCACCCGGGCGUCCAGGACAUGGCCUGCGACACGUUCCUCAAGAUCGCGCUCAAGUGCAAGCGCAAGUUUGUGACGCAGCAGCCGGGCGAGGCGCGGCCC